AAAAAAAUUAUAUAAAGAUGACAGUGUUUCUUUUGUUGUUUCUAUUCUUUUUUUGGCUAUAGGGAAAUGGAAGGUAUUUUAUUGUGUGUUUUAAAGUGUUGAACUUUUUCUGUUAUUCGUUAACAUUUUAUUUUCUUGUCUCUGUAAUUUUUAAGGUCAUUCCAACUAUCAAAGGAUCAAAUGAUAAGAUGUUUUUCAUCUCACCCUGUGGAGAAAAAAUUUCUCAUAUGAAACAGCUGAGAAAAUAUCUCAAAUCUCAUCCUGGAGGCCCUUCAUUCUCUGCUUUUGAUUGGAGGCGGGGCGUAGGUACACGUAUAUUGCUUUAAUAGAUGUCCAAUUAUAUGCAGCUUUGAAGAUCUAAUUUAUCAUGCCACUGAAAUUAUAGUCUGUGUGCCAAUGACCAUUUCAAGCUAUUAGUUUCCAUUUUGGUUCAAGGUAUAGUUUAGUACAGUGUCGAAUACUAAGAACUGCAAUUUGUGUUACUGGGGAAGUGUGUCCUUGGGCUUCCAUCCAAAUGCUCAACCUUAUAACACACCUUAGUGCAUAAUUUAAGUUGAAAUAUGGAGCUUUCUUUUAAGUCUGCAACUUUCUUUGUCAUCACUUUUGUUUAGGCACCCCAAGAUGUUCCCCUAGAUUGAAUGGGAAAUCAAAUGCAUAUGGCUCUUCUGAGAGUGAUACUCAGAAAAGGCAGAAGUUGGAAAGGAGAUUACUGAAAAAGGAGAAAGAUGAUGAUGCAGAUGAUGAUGCUGAUAAUGAUGAAUAUGAAAAUGCUGAUAUGAAAAAAGAUAUUACCGAAGAAUUCAAAGCAGCCGCAGAAGUUAUGAAGGAAGAAGUGGAGGAUAGUGAAAUGCAACAUGAUGGAAGGGAGGAUAUAAAGGAUCCUGUCCUUAGUCACGAUGAUGAUGCCAAGGUUGCUGAGCAAAAAUCUGAAGCAGGGGAGGCAGUGAUGCUGAUGAAAACAUGGAUAAAAAAGAUGGAAUUCAUGGAACUAACCUUCUUGAUGUGAAGAAUGAAGGCACGAAAAGCAGACCAUCGACGUCUACUGGGUUUGAGGAUAGUAAGGCCACUGCAACUGAAUUCGAGGGACUGAAGUUUUAUGGCAUUGGCCAAGCUGAUGCCAUGGUUUCAAAGCAGAAAUCUAAAGCAGGGGAAGUAGUGAUGGAGGAGCCAGUGUUGGGUGAAGAUCCGAAAGACGCAAAACAGGAAACCGAAGUAAAUGAUGUGGGUGAAAACAUGGACAAAAGUGAUGGUAUUUAUGGAAAUAAGCUUUUUGAUGCGAAGAAUGUGGACACAGAUAGCAGCACAUGGUCGACAUCCUGUGGGCUUGAGGACACUAGUAAGGUGUUCGCAAUUGACUUCUCCGGACAGAAGCUUUUCAGCAUUUUCCGACAGCUGUUGGGAAGUUUAAAAGUAAACAAGUGACUGAACAUCAAAUAGAAGAUAGCGAUGUUACCAAGCAAGCAUCAAGUUGAAGUACUUAGAUCAUUUUUUUAUUUUUAUUUUUUUGUGGAAUAGCAUAGCUGUAUUUUUGUGUUUUAGCGACCUACAGGAUCGAAUAAUUCAUGAUUGUCAAUUCGUCAUCAAUAGCCAUAAGCUAAGUGUUAUCAAGAUGUUACUUAUAACUGAAUCCGUU